CCCCCCACCCCGUUUCAUUUUUAUUUACUUUAUGUGCCUGUUACGUCGAGCUGCCAUUACGUUGCAGCAGCGUUAUAUUGAUUGUUUUAAACUCUGAGACAGUGUUUCGAGUAUCAAGAAUUGGAGUGAUGAUAAUCAUAACCAAUUACAGUAACUAAUUUUCAAACUCGUUCAAUCCCGCCAUUUCCAAGCUCCACCCAGGUCGUCACGAAUUAUACUGUAUUUAGCAUGGUCGGUUCCGGACUAACAAAUGUCGCUGACAAUCAACGUGAUUGACAUCAUUCACUAGUUACCCAGUCGAAAAAAUCCGCAAGACAUUCGGGGGACUUGCAGCGAAUAUAAAAGGGCCAGGAUGAAUCUUGCUGGAAACGCUCAGAUCAAACAACUCUUUAUUUUUUACUAUGGGGCGACUUCAAGGAAAAGCCCUCAUGAAUGCCACCACACUGCUGGCAGCAGUUGGUUUCUUGCUCUUUGGUUAUGACCAGGGUGUUAUGUCUGGUAUUACUGACGACCCUACCUUCUUGAGGAAGAUGGGUUUGUACGAUGAAGUGAAUCAAAAAGUCACUAACCCUGCCUUGCUGGGUGCUAUCGUAUCUCUUUACGAAAUCGGAUGUAUGGCUGGUGCCUUAUCUUGCGGUUGGGUGGGUGAUAGACUCGGUCGUAAGAGAACCAUCAUGAUUGGAUGUACUAUUCUCACCAUUGGUGGUGCUCUUCAAGCUGGCUGUGUCGAUAUCGGUAUGAUGAUUGCUGCUCGUAUCAUCACUGGUGUUGGCAAUGGUCUCAACACGGCUACCAUUCCUGUUUAUCAAUCCGAAAUCUCCCCUCCUAAAUCACGUGGAGCUCACGUCAGUUUCGAAGCAUCCUUCCUUACUCUUGGUGUUGCUAUCGCUUACUGGUUGGAAUACGGUCUUUACUUCACUACCGGUGAAGUCGUCUGGCGUUUCCCAUUGGCUUUCCAGUGCUUCUUCGGUAUCGUCCUUGGCGUUGGUGUCAAUUUCCUUCCUGAGUCCCCUCGUUGGUUGCAAGCGCAUGAUCGUGUAGACGAUUGUAAGCAAGUGCUUGCUGAUCUUUGGACAGACGGAGACAUCACUCACCCCAGAUGCGUUGGUGAAUGGGAAGAAAUUCGGGAUGGUAUUGAGUUGGAACGCCGCGAAGGUGUCUCCACUUACAAGGAACUUUUCUCCAAGGGAAAGAUGAACAACCGUUACCGUGUGUAUCUCGGAAUGAUGGGUCAAAUUAUCCAACAAUUCGGUGGUAUCAAUUUGAUUUCUUACUAUUUGGCCACUGUCUUCAGUCAAGCUGGUAUGGACCCCAAGAUGUCUCGUCUCAUGUCGGGUGUUGACUCCAUUGUUUACUUCAUUGGUGCCUUGUGUCCCAUUUUCUUGAUUGAACGUGUGGGUCGUCGCAAGCUCAUGUACUACGGUCUUAUCGGUCAAGCUAUUUGUAUGUUCUUGAUCGGUGCUGGUCAAUCCGCUUACAAGAACUCCGGUAUUGCCGCUGGUGCUAGUGUGUCUAUCGCAUUCACGAUGCUUUACAACUUUGUCUUCGGUUCCGCAUGGCUUGGUCUCGCUUGGUUGUACCCUGCUGAGAUUUUCGGUACUGGUCUUCGUGCCAAGGGUAACUCCAUGUCCACUGCUGCCAACUGGCUUGGUAACUUUGUUGUUGCUGAGGUCGCUCCUGUCUGUUUCGACAAGCUUGACUACUGGACUUACAUUCUCUUCGGUUUCGUCAACAUUAUUUUCCUUCCUUUCAUCUACUUUGGCUAUCCCGAAACCAAGGGACUCUCUCUGGAAGAGAUCGAAGUCCUGUUUGCCGCACCCGAAGUUCAAGACGAUGCUCGUACCAUCGCUUCUCACAUUGGCAGCCAUCGCAGCUACGAUCCUUCAAAGCCUCGUGAUCCUGAAACCGCCUCUCGAUUCAGUUUCAACGGUCGUCGCUCAAGCAGACCCGCUACUGUCCGUCAACAGAGCCAUCUCUCUAACAAGGACGUUCACCUUGCUCACAACCGCAAGGAGGAGAUUGAUACAACUGCUUCUGGAGUCUCAUCUGAAGAUAACAACACAGCUGCUGCUCAAGUCAAGCAAGAGUAUCAAAACGAAAAUGAAAAGGGUCCAAAUUAUCAGUAAUCGCAAACUCUUACCCUCCCCUUUCGACUGAAUGUUGUAUAUAUUUUCCAUUCUUUUACUUACAACUUAUUCUCUAUACUUCGAGCAUUAUAACCAGAAUUCACAUUUUCUUCCGUAAUUCACUAUAUUUUAUACAAUGUAUUGGGAAACAACAACUGAUUUCAAUAUAGAGUAAAACACACCUCCUAGAGUGGUUUUUCAAAAUCCAUGAAA